AUGGCUGUUCGCGCCGUUCAUCUGGAGCUGGUCGAGGGCUAUUCCACUUUCGCGUUCUUAGGUGCAUAUGCUCGCUUUUGCGCCCGCCGCGGACUGCCCCAAUCAAUUUAUUCGGACAAUGAAACUACCUUCGUUGGUGCGGAUCGCGAACUGUCAAGAGCCUUCCAUGCCGCUAUCCGCGACCCUAACUUUCCGAACAGGACAUCAUCCGACAAGGUCUCGUGGCAUUUUUUGCCUCCUUCAGCUCCGCACUUCGGGGGACUGUGGGAGGCAGGAGUACGCAGUGUCAAACAUCACCUUCGCCGCGUGGUAGGCUCUCACACUCUUACCUUUGAGGAGUUCUCCACUCUUCUGUGUAACAUCGAGGCCUGCUUUAAUUCCCGACCACUUGCCCCUCUUACCGAUGAUUAUGAGCCUCUUACUCCAAGCCACUUUUAG